UAAAAGAGGAACUUCCUCUCUUUGGCCGGGCAUCUCAAUGCGCAGGCGCAGUAAAGUGAACGGCCCUCGGUUGCUGCCCGCCGCUAUUGCGGCCUGUGGAAGCGCGAGGUUCGCUCUGAUCCGGCCUUGCCUGAGAUCCGCUUCCCAGCCCCAUGUUCCCGACGUGGGGCCUCUAUGGGGGGCCCCCCGGGCCCUAUCCCCCGCCACCCACCAUGAUGCCGCCCCCGCCGCCCUCAGCCAUGCCUGGGCCUCUGCCACCGGGUUCCUCCGCCGCUGCGUCCUGGCAGCCGUCGGCGCCUUCCGUCCCGCCGCCGGUGCGCAGCUAUCAGAAGCCGUUUAAACACCGGGACCCGCCGCCUCAGCCGCCGCCGCCGCCCCCCCGGGAAGCAUCGUUCCGCGAUCCCCCGAUGCCUCCUUCGUCUCGAGCGGAGGAGGUGGCGGAGCCGCCUCGCCCUCCUCCUGAGGAUAAAUGGGAGCCCCUCGCCCCCUCGACCAGCCCCUGCCUGGAUAUCGACAUGGACCUGUCUUCUCCGCCACCGUCCCCUCCCGCGUCUUAUAUGUCGGGACCGGAGACGGACUCCUAUGUAGCUCCGCCGUUGCCAUCGCAGAAUCAGACCUCACCACCGCUGACUUACCAGGGCCGUUCGCAGUUGUCUCAGGCAGUUCCACAAAGCUUUCCGAACCCGGCACCUUCAGCUGUUUCUCAGCCCUAUCUGUCCCAGGCCCAGGCUUACCCACCGCCUCCCCAGUCAGCAACCCAGCCAGUGCAGCAGCCUCUUCCUCCCUCGGUCUCCCAGCCUGAACCUCCUUUCACCUCGUCCCAGAUUACUCAGCCCCCUCCUGAACCUCAGGAGUUAAGACAAGGGAGUGGCCCAGGCAUAGGUACCAGGCCUGAGCGACCCCUGCAGAACACCCCACAGGCCGACCCUUCCACGAUGACACCUCAGGAACAGCAGCAGUAUUGGUAUCAACAGCAUCUGCUCACUCUGCAGCAAAGGGCAAAGGCACAUGUGCUUGGACAGCAGCCACCGUCAGUUCAAGGAGCUGUUAAUGAUGCUCCUGAACAGAGGCAAGAAGAAAGGGAAAAAAGUUCUAAUGCACUUUCUGAGCCCACUUUGCAUUGCAAGUCCACAUUACCACGUCCCAAAGACAGUCACCUUCCUUUGUCGUCUGUUAAGGACAAGCUGAACAUUGAACCACCAGAGGAUCCUGAGGAAAGCCUGAGAUUGCAGCAGUUGCAAGCAGCAGCAACACAGUGGCAGCAGCAUCCACAGCAGCGAGUGGGUUUCCAGUAUCAGAGAAUCAUGCAAAAGCAUGCACAGUUGCAACAAAUUCUCCAUCGCUAUCAACAAAUUAUGCAGCAGCCAUCACACUUGCCAACAAUGUCAGUGGAGAUGCAGCUACAGCACUAUGAGACCCAGGAGAAACUGUUUCAGCCACUUUUCAAAGAGUGGGAACGUGAAUUUCAGCAGUGGCAGGAUCAACUUCACUCCUAUCCUCACAAAGACCAACUUCAUGAAUGUGAGAAACAGUGGAAGAUGUGGCAGGAACAAAUGAAAGCUACUCACACUCACCUCCAGGAAAAAGUGAAGUCUCUUCGCAACAUGAGCAGCCCGUAUACUGGGAGUACAACCUUGCCACCUCCAUUUUCUCCAUAUUCACAAACAGUGCAAGGUGGUGUGCCUGUCAUGCCAUCUACUUUGCCCUUGACCACACAUCCUCCAACAUCCACUGGAUUCUCUUCUGAGUCUCACACAUCUGAUAUGCCUGUUCCAAACGAGUCUGGUCCUCAGAGUAUUCAGGCCACUGAAACAAGGUCAACUGCAUUUUCGGCUCCUGAUUCUUUUAAAUUUAAAGCUACUGAACCACUUCGUGCUGCCCAGACUACAGAGAUGAUGAGACCAGCUCUCCUUCCUACCCCUUCUUCUUUUACAUUCAAAUCAACUGAGCUGCCAGCCAACUCCCAGACUGUGGAGACAACCAGGCCGGCUUUAUUUCCUCCUCCUCCUCCUAGUUCUUUUUCAUUUAAUGCUACUGACUCACUUCCCCCAUCUCAGGCUACAGAGGCGGCCAAGCCAGGUCUACUUCCUACCCCCACCUCUUCCUUUUCAUUUAAAGUGAGUGAACCUCCGGUCACUACUCAGUCCAUGGAGACAACUAGGCCAGCUCUGCUUCCUACCCCUACCCAUUCUUCUUUUUCUUAUAAAAACACCGAUUCCUCUGCCACCUCUCAGGCCAUUGAGGCAACCAGACCUCCUCUGCUACCCACCCCUACUGCUUCAUCCUUUUCAUUUAAAGUUUCUGAUUCGUCCACGAGCUCCCAUGCCACUGAGGCGUCCAGACCAGCUCUUCUUCCUACUCCUUUCUCUGCUUCUUUUGCUUAUAAAAAUACGGAGACCUCGGCUGCUUUGCCUUACCACUCAAAAGGAAUGGCACCUGCUAGCUCUUCAGAGCAAGGCAUUCCUCUAGGCAAAGAGGAAAUAUCAUUUGGUUCAUCUGAACUAACGUCUGUUGAAGCAAAGCCCCAUUCUGCGGUGUCGUCAUCUGUAGCCACGGCCACCACCACCACCACCACCACUAGCUAUCAGAACAGACAAGCAAGAGCAGCUGGCUUUUCUGAUUCCCCCAGAGGAUACUAUGAAGGUCCAAGGGGCCCAAGAUUUGAUGGACCACGAGGAAGAGGCUUUGAGAGGUCUGAGCCACCAAGACAUAGAGGGCCUCAUUUCCAGGGCCAGCAUUUAGACGGUCCAAGGCCAAGACUUCAAAAUCAGCAUAUGGAUGGAUCUUCAAGCAAACAGGGGACAAUCCCCCGGGGGCCAGCAGCAGCAUUUUAUACUCCUUCAGGUGUAUCACAAAUGCAGAUGUCUCAGGCUGGUGGACCACGGUGGCGGGGGCCUAGACCUCCUUUGGGACAAAAUCAUCAAGCAGAAAACAAAGAAUCUUUUACUGAAAUGGCCAGCAAUCAGACAGCAGCAAAUAAGUCUAAAUUUACAUUGGAUACAAAAGAUUCUGGUCCAGUUCAGCCAGAUAAGGGCUUGUCUAAAGCACAGCAAAAUAUACCCAGGAAAGAGGAUGUGGAAAUAAUGUCAGAAGCAAAGAAACAGAGUUCAACUGAAUGUGCAUUGCAGACAGAUGGGUCAAAUACGUCUACUCGUACUUCAUCUGCUCCACAUCAGACAUCUGUUUCCAUUCUUCCUCCAGAACCGGGUGGAAAAAAGACAUUGCUACCGUCACCAGCGACUGGAAAUAAAGACUUGAACUCUGCAGAAAAUACACUAAUUUCUUCAGAGAAUAACCAAAACAAAGAUCAGUCUAAACUGGAAAUCAGGGAGAGGGGACAAAUUAAACCUGGAGAUAAUCAGCCAAAAGGACCUGCUGGCAGAGGCAGAGGCCAGGGUAGAAUGGAAGAUACUAGGGGUAGGGGACGAGGCCGAUUUGAUGAUGCCAGGGGGAGGGGAAUAACCAGCAGAGGUAGAGGCCAGGCUAGAGAUCUGGGUGGCAGAGAUAUAAGCAGUGGGCGAGGAAUUCAUGAUAACUUGUUGGAGGAACAGACAGAAAGCUGGGAAUCUGGAAUGGGUGGGCAGUCUUGUGACCAAGAAAGGGCUUUGGGUAGGCAGCCAAGCAGCCAGGAGAGAAUGCUACCUGGCCCUUGGAUGGGCAGUAGAGACAGAGGCCGUGCAAAUAGCCGGGAAACAGGCCCUGUCAGGCCUAUGGGUGGUCAGGAGAGGGGAUUAGACCAACAAACCUUUAACCGAGAAAGGGGCCCAGGUCAGCAAGGUAGUAGCUGGGAGAGAGAGCCAAUUAGGAGGCCUAGUAGCUGGGAGAGGGAUGUACACAGGCAUGAUCCAGGGCAGGGAGGUAGUAUGGAAAAUGUGCUUCCAUUUCAUGAAGAACCACACAGGCCUCCAUGGGCUUAUGGAGAUGUGGGAAUGGAAGAGGAGCAUUCUUUUGAAUACAGAGAUGCUCCUCCCCUAGAGCGCAGAUGUUUGGAGGACUGGGAAAGAGAGAGAUACUGGCAUGAGCGUGAGCAAAGGUAUCAAGAUGAUUCUCUUGAUCACUAUGAGAGAGAUGACAUGUUGCCACGCUGUCAUCCGUGCCCCCCUCUUUCUCCUCUCCCUCCUCUCCCUCCCUUACCUCCCUUGUCUGCUGAUCUUGACAGACGGGACCCAUAUUGGGAUGACUGGGAAAGGCCAAUCGGUAGAGACAGAGAGAUGGACAGAGAUCUAGACCGUUCCAGAAGACCCUUGGAUGCAUAUGAUCAUGAAUUUGAAAGAGAUUGGGACAGGGAUUAUGUACGACCACUGGAUAGAGAUACAGCAAGUAGUGAUCUAGACAUACCUCCUCUGCCACCUUUGCCUCCCCUUCCUCCCCUUCCUCCUUUAGACAGAUAUCGUGAGGAUCGAUGGCUGGAUGAGAGAGAAAGAGAUUUUUAUGACAGAGAUUCAAGAGACAGGGGAGAGCUCAGAAUUCGAGAAUAUCCAGAGAGAAGUGAUACAUGGAGGGAACAGUCUGAUUUCCCACCUGACAGGGGUGAUUGGGAGAGGGAAAGGUUUUCAGAUAGAUGGUAUCCAGAUGAUGUGGAUAGAUACCCACCUUUGGAAGAUGAACUGGAACCACCACCUAUGCCACCACGGUCUGGAUUUUUGGGAGAAGAGCAAAAUGUAGCCUCUGAGCAGUCAUUAGGAGGAGUAAUGGUUCUUAGUCAAAGGCAACAUGAAAUCAUCUUGAAGGCUGCCCAAGAGUUAAAAAUGCUACGAGAACAGAAGGAACACAUGCAGCAUAUGAAAGAUUUUGUUCCUGAACCACAAAUACCAGAAAUGCCACCUCAGGAAAUGUCCAGAUCACAAAGUACAGCUUCUAGGAAGGAUGACUUUCAGGCCUCUUCUGUAAGGCAGACUGAAAUACCAGUGGAAGAAGAACCUAUUAAGCCUACUCCAGCUGUAAUUAUAAAGCCGCCAAUAUUGUUUCGAAAGCCUACCCCAGUUACUACAGUGGCAAAGCCUCCUGUCCCAACUAUGAGACCACCUGUUCCAUCAACAGCAGCUCCCCUCCCAACAGCAAAGCUACCUGCUCCAUUAACACAAACAAGUAUUACAGUUCCCAUUUGUACUGCAGCACCCACACAUGUUUCAGCUCCUGUAGUUAAGUCACUACCUGGCAUGAGCCAAGAACGCUGGGAUGAGGAUUCUUUCCAGGGACUUUGGGACAGCAGUGAAGAUAAAGGUUUAAAAUCAGAGUAUGACUUACCUGCAUCCGAUCCCUCAUUGCCUUCAUCAACAAUCCCAACUUCUAUUGUACCAGGAAUGACACCACUUUCCAAGCCACCAGUAAUUCAUCAGACUGUUGAUUAUGGACAUGGACAUAGUCAUGGUCAAGAUAUAGCUGCAAAUAAAAGUGGACAGAUUCCAUAUGGAGAACGAAUAACUCUACGUCCAGAACCUAGUCAUGAACGGCAAACCUUUUCAAAAGAACAUCCACAUCCAGGCCAACGAGAUCGAUACAUUAAGGAAAGGGAAACAUAUUUUGAGCGACAAAAUAAUGCCAGUUCAGACCACAGAGAUUUUAGGAGAGAGCGAGAACCAUACAGGGACCGCAUUUCUGGAGACCAUGAACGAGAAAGAUUUGAAAAAGAACGCUAUGCACGAGAACGAGAAGACAGGCCUUCUCCUUCAAGAACUCAGUCGUACCGUGGUGACAAAGACCAUUCAAACUCAAGAAGGGGAGGAUUUGAAAGACAGCCAUAUGAGAGGAAAACUGAUCGUCCUCCCUAUGAUCAUGGACCUUCCAUGUAUGGAGGUGACCGAAGAAAUUAUCCUGAAGAUAGAAUGCCGAUUUCUGCUCCAUCAGUACCCAGACAACCACCGCCUGCCCCUCGUGUAGAGAGGAAACCAGAAUCUAAAAAUGUGGAUGAUAUACUGAAGCCACCUGGCCGGGAGAGUAGGCCAGAGAGGAUUGUUAUUAUCAUGCGAGGAUUGCCAGGCAGUGGAAAGACCCAUGUUGCUAAACUCAUCAGGGAUAAAGAAGUAGAAUGUGGAGGAGCUGCACCAAGAGUUCUCAGUUUGGAUGACUAUUUUAUAAUUGAAAUAGAGAAAGAAGAAAGGGACCCUGAUACAAAGAAAAGAGUGAAAAAGAAGGUUUUGGAGUAUGAAUAUGAGGCUGAUAUGGAGGAGGUUUAUCGCGCAAGCUUGUUUAAAACCUUCAAAAAGACUUUGGAUGAUGGUUUUUUCCCUUUCAUCAUUCUCGAUGCCAUUAAUGACAAAGUACGGCACUUUGAGCAGUUCUGGAGUGCUGCAAAAACAAAAGGGUUUGAGGUUUACUUGGCUGAAAUAACUGCAGACAACCAGACUUGUUGCAAGAGGAAUGUCCAUGGACGCAAGCUCAAGGAAAUCAGUAAGAUGGCUGAUCAUUGGGAGACGGCACCCCGUCAUAUGAUACGUUUAGACAUUCGCUCUUUGCUACAAGAUGCUGCUAUUGAGGAGGUGGAGAUGGAAGAUUUUGAUGCAAACAUUGAAGACCAGAAAGAAGAAAAAAAAGAUGCUGAGGAAGAAGAGAGUGAACUGGGUUACAUUCCGAAAAGCAAAUGGGAGAUGGAUACUUCUGAAGCAAAACUAGACAAGUUGGAUGGAUUGCGAACUGGUGCUAAAAGGAAACGUGAUUGGGAGGCAAUUGCCAGCAGAAUGGAAGAUUAUCUUCAGCUUCCAGAUGAUUAUGAUACCCGUGCUUCUGAACCUGGAAAGAAGAGGGUGAGGUGGGCAGACCUUGAAGAGAAAAAAGAUGCAGACCGAAAGAGGGCUAUUGGCUUUGUUGUGGGACAAACAGAUUGGGAGAAAAUCACAGACGAAAGUGGUCAUUUUGCUGAGAAAGCCCUCAAUCGCACGAAAUACAUCUGAUGCAGUUGUCAAAUGCAUUAUUUUCAAAGAGAAAGGCCAGUUUGGUGACAACUGAACACAGGGUGGCAAAGGAACUGUCAUUCCUCAUCAUGAGAGUUGUACGAUUAUUUUCUUUUAAAAUUUGGGUGUUUUAUUUUCUUGGCAAACCUUCAUAUUUUAACUGGUGAUGUCCAGCACCCCAAGUUAUAUGGAGUCCUCUUGCAUCCAAAUGUGAAAGAAAGGGGGGGGAAUUUGUGUUAAAAUUGGUAGUUUUAAGGUUUUAUGUAUGCAGUAGAAUGGAAGAGUAAGGCCAAGCACAUUUCCUCUGCUGUACUGUCACAGAAUGUCAGCAUAACUGUUGCAUUGUUGCUUUGUGGCUGUUUGUUAUUUUAUACUGUACAAACUUUGUAGUUUAUUGUACUAGAAAACAGAACAAUAAACAUUCACUAAUAACUUGGUGAAUGAUGUAGUUGGCUCUA